CCGAUCAUUUCUUAUCGUGCGUCGAGGGGGGCAAACAAGCCGCUGUCGGCAGAAAGGAGGGGAGCACUUGCCAGGAAAGUUUUCUCGUUGAAUGCGUGCCAAGCGGCGGUCGUCAGCGUCGAGAGAGCACCACCACAGAAUCGGUCUCAAAAGAGUAGGCGCAAAACCGUACUGCAGUAUCACACGAAACAAGUUACAGCGGCCACGAAAUGAGCAAGGGCAAAGUGGGAAUUAUCGGCAGCGGCCUGAUCGGCCGAAGCUGGGCUAUGCUGUUUGCCGGCGCCGGCUACACGGUGGACCUUUUUGAUGUAGACGACAAGAAAGUAGACGAGGCACUCAGCGACAUCGAGGAUCAGCUUGGUAACCUCGAAAAGAAGGGCCUUCUGCGCGGGAACCUCACCUCAAGGCAACAACACCAGCUUAUCAGAAAGUGUUCUACAAUGGCCGAGUGCCUCAAAGGCGCCAUCCACGUGCAGGAAUGCGUUUUUGAAAAUGUAGAGCUCAAACAAAAGGUUUUUCUGGAAAUGGACAAACUUGUGGACGAUCACACGGUGCUCUGCAGCUCAACAAGCUGUUUUCCACCUUCAGCAUUCACUAAGGAGAUGAAGCACAGAAGCCAGGCCAUCGUGGGCCAUCCGGUGAAUCCACCUUAUUAUGUCCCACUGGUCGAAAUAGUGCCUGCUCCUUGGACCAGUCCCGAUGUUGCCAUCAGGACACGAGCUCUCAUGAAGGAGAUUGGCCAGAAACCAGUACUGCUAAGGAAAGAAGUGGAAGGAUUUGUGCUGAAUCGGAUUCAGUAUGCGAUUCUAAAUGAAUGCUGGAGACUCAUACAGGAUGGUGUGGUUGACACUGCCGACAUGGACACUGUGAUGUCUGAAGGACUUGGCAUGCGUUACGCGUUCCUUGGACCCCUGGAGACUGCACAUCUAAAUGCCGAGGGGAUGUUGGAGUAUGCCGACAAGUAUGCCAAGGGCAUAGUAAAAGUUUCCAAGACCUUUGGUCCAGUGCCCACCUACGAUGGUCCAACCCUCACCAAAGUGAACGCAGAGCUGCUUCAGAAAGUGCCCCUCAAGGAUCUCCAGAAGAGGCGCCAGUGGAGGGAUACGAAGCUGGCUGAACUCUCUAAACUUAAGAAGCAGCCCUAAACAGUUCAUGCAAAGAGCAGUGCGUCAUUAAGCACACACUUGUUAGGAAUACCUUAAAAGCCAAUAAAUAGUCUCAGUGGAUGUCU